CACAAGAUCCCUUCGGAGAAAUCCCCGAAUGAAAAAUUCCGCUACGAAUCCCGAAAAAAAGCAAUCAGAAGAUCCGAAGGGAUUUGAAAAAAGCAUUGCCUGAUUGAAGAAAAUCAGCGUCCAUUUUUGAAAUCAGCUGUUUUAUGUCGAAAAAAGUAAUCAACACACUAGAAACUAAAAUCCCCAAAGUAAAAAAAAAAAUCCCUCAAAUUUCCCUAAAAUCAUUUUUUAACCUUUUUUUAUUUUGGAAAAAAUUGAGUUUUGCGCACUUUUUUCGACUAUAAUAGGUUCUUAUCAACCUGUAACAUUAAUUUGAUUGAAAAUAUUAUAUGAAACUACCAAUUUUACUGCUUAAUAAAACUAAAACAUUUUCGUCUUCAAAUGAAAAAUUCCCAAAUGAGUAUGUUUAUUAAUGGUCUGGCGGCACUGUCCUUUCUGUCAGAUGCAUUUAUUCAAAUUCAUAAUUGUGUUUUUUGUUUGAUUAAAUUUGAAUUUUGAGUUGAAAAUUAAAGUUGUGUUUAUAAAUGGAUACAAUUGGUAUAGUUAUUGCUGCAGUUGAUGAAGAGGCAGUGCAGCAACAGGAGAUAAAAAUACAAAGAAGGCGACUUAGGGACACAUGCAAUCCCUUUGAUUUGGAUGCAACUUUAUUUAGAAAGAACUUCAGGCUCAACAAAGACGCCUUCAAAUACGUGUUGGAAGAACUUGAAGCGGAGCUGGAGCCAGGUGUUUUAUCAACAUCGAUGACACCAAUUUGUCGAUUGAGUGCGGUGUUAAGAUUUUUGGCUGAAGGUGGCUAUCAGCUUGGCACUGGCAAUGAUUUUAAGAAUGCAAUGGCACAAUCAACAAUUUCUACAAAUCUAUCAAAAGUGUUACAGAUCUUAGAAAGAAAGUUAUGCCCCAAGUGGAUUAAUCUUAAUAUGAAUGACGUGGAAACGAUUGAAGCAAAGGGGGAGUUUUAUUCCAAGGCUGGUUUUCCGAGCGUUGUUAUGUGCGUCGAUGGAACCCACAUUAACAUAGUAGCACCUGCUCAAGAAAAGGCCUUAUUUUAUAAUCGUAAAGGAAAUUUUAGCCUUAAUGUAAUGCUGAUUUGCGAUCAUAAAAUGAAGAUAAGGUGCGUUGAUGCAAAGUACCCCGGAUCAAACCACGACUCCCAUAUUUGGAAUCUGUCAAAUGCAAAAAUGCAUUUCAAGAAGAAGUACGAUGAAGGCGAGAGGAACACUUGGCUUUUGGGAGAUGCUGGUUACCCUCUGGAACCGUGGCUCAUGACUCCGUUUCGAUGUGUUGGUGACGACAGGUCGAAAACAAAGUACAAUAUAAGCCACAGUAAAACACGAAAUAUAAUCGAGCGAACCAUUGGGGUACUAAAAAAUAGAUUUAGAUGCAUUCUUGGUGCACGGCAGCUCCAUUACAGUCCACAAAAAGCUGCACAGAUUGUGAAUGUGGUAUGUGCUCUUCACAACAUCUGUAUUCAUUUCAAAGUAGAAAAUUAUUUGGACACAAUUCCUGAAGUCAGUCUAAAUGAAGAAAUCCACCAAGGUGAACAUGACCAGCAGACUUAUCGUAAUGCAGCAAAUACAAUAAGAGAAAAUAUAAAAAAUACGUUUAUAUAAAAACAAAAUAAAAUGUAUUCAUCUUAAGAAAAAAAUUGAAAACUAAACAAUUUACUUCUUAGUCUCAAAAAAAUAAAAAAAAUUAAAAAAUA